AUUUGCGACUGCCAUCACGUUCAGUCUGUUUUCAGGCGGGUUCCAGUGCGCGCGACAAUUUUCGAACCACUCCUGUUUCUGCCCAACCAAACCCUACUAGAGCUAGUAUCGGAAUAGUCCAGGGUGCUCUAGUGCUGAUCUCAUUCCGUGUGUGUUAUCUAAAUUGAAUACGUGUAUCAUAGCAUAGCAUAGUUCCAUCUCGUUUUUCAAUCGAGUUCUAGUGCAAAAAGGUUAACUACAGUGGACAGGGAGGAAAUCCAAUAUCAAUUUUUGCGGUUUUUGUGCGACUCACGAAACAAGUGCAAACUAGGUCAAUCAUAAUGUCUGACAAACCACAAAAUGGUUCCGAUACCGUUGACAAGGCUGCGAUCGAAGUAGCCCAAAUGGCGCUGGAAGACAACAGUAGAACUACACCGGUUGACUCAAAAGGAGCCACGCCAAAAACAACCGAACAUAACAACGCGGCUAAGAAAGAAGAAAAUAGUAUUCCCAGUGCUUCUCCUCCCGUAUCGGCUGCAGCUUUUAAGGAGCAGUUCAAAGCAUUCUCGAAGUUUGGUGAUACCAAGUCCGACGGCAAGCACUUGACCCUGUCACAGAGUGAUAAGUGGAUGAAGCAAGCGAAGGUUAUCGAUAAAAAGAUUACUACCACCGACACUGGUAUCCACUUUAAGAAAUUGAAAUCGAUGAAGCUUACAUAUGAAGACUACAACAAAUUUCUUGAGGAUCUUGCCAAGACUAGGAAGGUCGAACUGGAGGAAAUCAAAAACAAAAUGGCCAAUUGUGGUGCACCAGGUGUUCACAAUUCAACCCCCGGUAAGGCAGCCGAAACAGUAGCACGGUUGACCGAUACAUCCAGGUACACUGGAUCGCACAAGCAACGAUUCGACGAAACCGGCAAGGGCAAAGGUAUAGCCGGACGCAAAGAUAUAACAGAUAGUUCCGGUUAUGUUGCUGGAUACGCCCACAAGAACACUUACGACAAGCUACAUUAGAAAAAAAAAACAAUCAGUUUCCUAAGCUCUUUCCAUCUUUAAAACGUAUCGUUCAACGCGUAACAAAGAUAGCACAACAAAUGAGAAAUCAAAAUAUAUUGAGUGAUCUAAUGUCUUCAGAAGAUUUACUGUUUAAGUGAUUAUUUUGUUCGGAUAGAAAUUUGUUACAAAUCAAUCCACUGUGUUUGUUGUAUUACCUCUAUUUUCAAAUUGAGAGAUCGGUCGUUUUAGUUGUUUACUUUCAAUCCCAUUUCUUGUUUUCAGAGGUUACUCUAGUCUUCGUUACAAAUAAAAUAGAAAAUAACUUUUACUACUUAGAAAUAGUAAACAUACAUUGCAUCUACUGUAUAUUUCGCACCCAAGCCAUUAUAUUUUGUAUCCAGAGAACAAAAUAUAUGCAGUUCAUUGUGAAUGACUACAAACUUAGAGUUAUUUAUGAAACCCAAACAUAUAAAAAGAACAAUGUAUUUGUAUUUUCCUGCAAAUUAUACUCGAUAGUAAACAAUCA